GUCAGAUCCGGAUCCUUUUGCCCGCUGCCUUGGACGCUGUAGGGAGAAGCUGCGCACGCGUCUGUGGACAAGGAAAGGUUUGUGGAUAGAAAGAAUGGGCCCUUUUCAGUAGAACUUCCACGGCAACAAGCUGUCAACUUUGGAGGAAGUUUGGAAGUUGGGUUGAAGCCUGCAGGCCACUGCGUGUUCUUCAGCAUUGUGGAAGCAGGGGCUUUGGUCGCGCUUGCAUUGAGACAGCUCUCCCAGACACAGAUGCCUAGUGGAUGUUGACACAUCGUGAGACGUUGACUUCUGAGUUACCAGCUGCAUCAUGGGGUGCAGCCUGGAACCACCAUGUGUAGACACCACAGCGCGUAGGCAAUAGUAGCUUAGACAUGAGGACUUUAAUCCUUGGGCUUGUGACAAGCAGCAUGACUAAUAGUAGCGACCGCAUGCUCACCUUUGAACAGGAUGCACCAACAGCAUUGCAUAACAGCGAACCCGAGUCUGCCGCUGCUAGUUCUCGACCUAUGCGGCCAGAAGCUUUUGAGCCUGCCAGGAGUCAGGGACCUGUCGACACUGAUGCUGAUUCCCGCAGCAGUUCGUGCCGGCACGCUGCAGAAACAGGGCCCCCAGAAGUAGAGUCUGCAUCUAGGGCUGGUAAUGUCAAUUCUCAAGGACUUGUGGGGACCGGUGUCGCAGAGCAGUUGGACCAAUUGGGGGAUGCCAUGCUGGCAGAGGUGGAGGCAGCCUUGGCAGCGGAGGCCAGGGGGGACGGGUUCUAUGGUGCGAAUAAGCUUGGUGUGAAUGAGUUUGGUGUCCACGAGCCCCGCAAGCUGUCGCGGCUUGCAAGCCUCGACGUCCUUUCAGAGAUUCUCUCGUGGGAGGCGUUUGGGGGCUCGGAGAAACACGAGGAACGAGGGGUGGUCGACAGUAAAGUGGGGGUUGUGGAUAGCAGGCCGAGAGGGGGGGGAGUCGAGUCAGACGUCGACAACAAUGAAGAUGACGCCGUGCUUGCAAGUGAGAAAGGGGGAGGCGAUAGACAGGGGGGGAAGGAUGGGGUAAGGGGGGAUGAGUCACAUCAGGUCAACAGGGGUGAUGUGACGAAGGUCCCUGCAUCGGUUGAAAGCGGGGGGGGGAUUCUUAAAAGUAAGUCCAUUGAAAGCGAGUGGGGAAUUGCAUUGGUUAAAUGCGGGGAGAAUGCAGGGGGGGGCACGGAAGAUGCGUCGAGCGAGGGGGCGGUCCAGGAGUUGCUGAAGUCGUAUGACAGGGCUUUGGAUAUCAAGGAGAAGGAGGAGAGGGGGGGUGGAGCUCCAAGCACGGAGCCUAGCUCGGGUCUGUCGCAAUUGGGGGAGAUGGAGGUGGAUCAAGAACUGAUGACGGCCCUGAAGUCCAAUGUGCAGCUACGGGACGAGCAUGGAACCUUGGAGCGGGCAGGCAGUGGGGAAGGAUCGGGGGAGCAGACAGGGGGGUGGUUUGGGAGGGCCCCGGAGGUGAGCCAAGUGGGAGCGUUCCAUGAUCUGGUGUCAAGGGGGGGUCCGGUUGAGCGUGCGAAAGAAAUUGCUGAGAGAGUGCAUAAGGCGGGGGGGGCUGCUGAAGCAGAUGCCCGGGGGCUGCGCUUAUCGGACGAGACAGUGAGUGCUCUGCGGGAGCAGCUUCUGGACGGAUUGGACCACCCUCAGUUUCGGACUAGGGGGGAAGUUCACCUGCCGCAUUUGCCCCCCAGAGCGAGGCCGGCGGACCCCCUGCAUGUAGAGUCGCAGUCCUCCACGCUGACUUAUACAGGCAGUGGGAAUAGGGUCAGUGGGAAUAGGCUCCAGUCACGGCGUCCUCAUUCAACCCCAACCAGCCCCGUGCUUUCCCCUCUCCCAUCCCCCAAAAUGACAUUGCGCUCGCAAAGCUUCAAGGAAUCGGUUCAAGUGGGGGGGUACAGCCGAGUGCCAGUGGACGUGCCGAAACCGCAGCCGGCGGGGGAGAACCAGCGGAUGCGCUUCAGCCCCCAGCAACAGAAAACCCUCCAGGAGUUUGGGACAAAGGUCAACUGGGUGGGCCCCGGGGUUGAGAGUAUGGAGGAGGCGCACCAGAUUUGCGCGGAGAUGAGCAUGGACAUCAAACAGCUGAAGAAGUGGAUCUCCAACCACCGCCCGAAGGAGCUCCGGAGCUCGUCCACCCCCAGGCCGGGGGUGCAGCCGCCCUGGGCCAUUGUACCCCCCCUCGCAAACUCCGCCUUCCCGGGGGUCUACAGCGAGGCUGCGCUCAGGGGCCUCAGUGCAGCCCACCCUGCUUUGGUUGGUCACCCUUUCUACCCCCCUGCCCCCUUCUUUGGCGGCCCUCAGUUCCCUCAGGGAGCGUGGGUGCCCCCCCAUUACGCUCCUGGGGGGCAGGCAAUGUGGCCCUGGCCUGCCUCGGGCGCCUCAUUGCCCCCCCAAGCAUCCACGCCGGGGGGUGCCGUUCCGCCGCCGCAGCAACGCAGUGACGCCCCUGGUGAGGGGGGGGGCAAGCCAGUGGAUGUGAAGGAGAUUGGUCCGGGAGGGGCUGAGUUGGUGCGCGGGGGGAGUUUGGAGGCUAACGGGGGAAAGCAGGUGCCGCUCGAUAUGGAGCGGCUUGCGAAUGCCGACAACCUGCGGCAAGUUCUAGGGAGGAAACUGAAGGACUUCGACCCUGGCAAGAUACAAAAGUUGGUGGAGAUCUGCAAGACGUACCGUCAAAAGCAGAGCAGCGAUUCGCCUCACGAGCGCCACGACGGCCCCCCCAAGAAAAAGCAGCUGAAGAGUCCCCCGGAAGUGGAAAAUCAGCUGCCUUUUCCACCCCCGCUCAACCUGGAUAGCGCAACCCCCCAGGACGAGUACCAACCCCAGUGGGGGGACACUUUGCUGGCAGAAUCCACCCCCUUCGGCGGCAGGUCUGACAACCUGGUCGCCGAUCCGACGGGUUGGAACAUGGGGGACUUGGCUAACGCUCCAUUCGCUAACGCUCCAUUCGAAAACGCGACCACGUUGCAAGGUGACGGGCGGGCCAAGGCCGAGAAGGGGUUACCCAAACCCGGUCUGGCUUACCCCAACCCCUCCAUGCACGGCGAGUUGGCGCAAGCGUUCGACCAGAACUUCCUGGGGGGGCAGCCUCGGGAUGAAAUGAGCCUGCUCCCCUUCCCCCCCCCUUCGAACCAGUUCCUAGCUCACAGUGCGGCAGGCGGCCCAGGCCAGCAAACGUGGCCAGAACCCGGGUUUGACGCAGGGUUAGCCAACGGGUUCUUCUAUAACCCAGCCGCGCACCCCGCUGCUUUUGGCGCGUUUUCCCCCCUGGAGAUGGGGCUUCCUGCGGGCGGUGUGCCGCGCCCUGCCACGAGUAGUGGGAAGCCGCCUCGGACUGUAAGGGCGCUUCACAUGAGGGGGGGGUGUACGGCGCCCUUCCCAGGGACGGAUCCAAAAGAGUGGAGAGUGAACGAAGCGCCCGGGCUCUGGGUUCGGGGGCCGGUCACACCGCAGCCCAUGAGGGGCAAGUUUCUCUUUGAGAAGGUGCUGACGGCCAGUGAUACCAGCCCCCUGGGAAGGAUCAUUCUGCCCAAGAGCCAAGCGGAGUUGCAUCUGCCGAAGGUUCUGGACAAGGAAGGGGGCCUGAUUACAGUGGAGGACGCAGACCGGAAUCGGUGGCAGCUGCGUUAUCGGUUCUGGCCCAACAACAAGAGCCGGAUCUACGUGUUUGAGCACACCGCUGACUUCGUCCAGUCACGUGGCCUGCGCCCGGGGGAUUAUCUCGUGGUCUGCCGAGCGGACGAGGGGCAUCUGAUCCUGAACGACCGCCGCCGGCCCGAGUCCCCCGAGGGGGAUCCCUCCGAACGGCGCGCCACGUCGGAGGGUUCGCGCUCGACCCGAGCAUGCAGAAAGCGCGGCGCUGACGUCAGCAGCAGGGCUGACGUCAUUCCGGGCGGGGCCCCCGCCACUGCCGCUUCAGCAGGCGGGGCGGCAGCUAAGCAUGGAAGAAGUCACACGGUGGGCGAUGAGCGGCGACGGCCACGAGAUGAUGGAUUGUGUCAAUCUCGACCACGGCGAGGAGCCGCACGUCCUGGAGCUGACCCAGGAAUUGCAGUCCCUUCACAGCUCGGGAGGACUUCCACGGUUAGGGUCAUAACCCAUGGGGUAUCAAGCAAACCUCGGUUUCGCCCCUGCGGUUUCGAGGGUGUCAUCCUUGAAAUGCCGCGACGACCGAAGUUUCCUUCCCUAGUUCGGCCGAUCUGUCGGUCCUGCAUGGAGCCGGGACCUGUAUAGCAUCCCCUCCUCCGAUGAUCAUUUGCGAAGGUGACCAGAGAUUGACGUCACGACAUCCGCUAAUAUACGCACAGGGCUGUACGCACAGGGCUGUAAACCACUGGCACCUAGCAGGCUGCACGCACCUGUAAAAUACUUAGUCUGAUCGAGUUUGAUUGGCGCCGCGCAUGCUCGAGCGUGGUUAUCUUGAGGCCUGGGGGUUCGAAAUAAAACGCCUGGAGCUGAACGGCCAGUUUUGGCUUUGCGAUGGCUUUGCAUCACUGACAGAGAUCCCGUCAAAAUAUAGGGCGUAAUUCGCGUAGGCAGACCCGAAGAACAUAUGAUCGGAGUGAUAAUCUGGGUAUUUCGAUCAACUGAGCGGGUUACAAUCUGCUUGUCAUCUCGGCAUCGGUUGUUAGAUCAAGGCAACAGACAUGGUUAAAAUAAAUUGGGCCUGAGUCAAAAUUGGACUCAACCAUAUUGGGAAACGGUACGCAGUGUUAUAGAAUCACCGAGUCAAGUGUAGGUAUACGCAAGUGCCAUUGGCACAGUCUAGCUAGGAGUGUGUUGCAUAUGAUACUCAGGUACAACCUGCAAACUUAAAACAAAGAUGCAUUCAAUGCAUAUGUUCCGAAGUUCAGAUUGGGGUUUGGUUUGAUCAUUACAAUCGAG